AUGAAGUCUGUCGAUCAUGUCGCUAAUGCUUUUUUUCCACCAACUGAGAAUGAUACUGAUUUAUUAUAUAUUUUUGGUUAUUUUUUGUCUGUUUUAUGGGUCCCUGAUCGAGGUGGUAGAGCAUGGGAAUUGGAGCCUCCUCCACCUGAAAUGCAUGCUUUUAAACAACGUCAACCAGAUAGGGGUGGUGGUACACAGAGAGGUACUCGCAGUGGUGGUGGCGACGGUCAUUAUGGCGGUCGUGGGGGUUUUCAGGGUGGUAAUAGUGGUUAUAGUUGUGAUGGAUCUUGGAAUGGUGGAAGAUGUGUUGUUGGCAGCAAUAUCAGUAGCAGAGGAGUUGGUGGUGGUUAUGCUCAAAUGUAUGGUCAGACGACGCCAUACAUGAGCAAUGGAAGAGGUGUAGCAUUGGGUGAUGGUUAUGUGACUGAUCCGUAUCAAAUGGCUUCAAUCAACCAACAAAUGGGUGGUAUGAUGUUAUUUGAGCCUGGCUUAUCUUCUGCUUCACAUCAAGAUUUUGUCUUUCAAUUUGGACAAAUGGGUGGUAUAAUUAGUCUUUAUAAACGCAGAUGGUAUGUGACUGAAAGUCGACUGCAAAGAGCUGCAUUAUUUGUGUUGCCAUCGAUCGACCAAAUAUAUCAUAAUUUCGUGCUUAUAAAUGUUGUAUAUUCCCAAUUUGAAGCACAUGAACUUGGUGUGAGUGUGACUAGUCACAAAAUUUAA